AUGGUACAGCAAUUAGCUCGCGUGCAGGUCACUUCUCGUUCUUGGGCUAAGCCUUCCAUACCAACACCUUUUAUCAGAGGACGUACUGAAUUAUCCGAUUGGGACGUUGUCAUGUUUGCGACUUAUAUGCCUCUUUUGUUAUUCUAUACAAAUGAUUAUCGAGAUCCAAACUUUAUGAAUACAGCCAUUUUGAAAUCUUCCUUGUCCGAAACACUUGUCGACUUCUACCCGUUAGCCGGAAGAUUAAUAGACGUUGGUAAUGGUAUUGACGCUAUUGAUAACAAUGAUGAAGGUGUCUUGUUUGUAGAGGCAGAAUAUCCCUGUGAUUUGAAAGACUUUAAAAAAAGCGGAUAUCUUCCCAGCCAAAUGGAUUACCAUCGAAUGUUCCCUAUUCACUUUUACUCUUCACCUCAAGAUCCUUUAUUUGCCGUCCAAGUAACAAGAUUCACGGAUGGCGGUGUUGCUUUAGGUCUCAUGGUCCUUCAUAAAGUAGCCGACAUGUACUCUAUUGCUUUUUUUCUGGAUGCAUGGUCAAAAAAGGCCAGAAAUACACAGUACACACCAGCAACAUUUGAUCGCAGCCUGGUCGCUUUCCCCGAAGAUACAGUCAUUACGGAUGAGGCGCUGGAGCAUUAUCGAUCAGAACAUCACAGUAUGAAGCACAAGCCACUUUAUUCAUCCAACUUUGAAUCCUCUCUGUUAAAAUUUGCUAGACAAGGUCCAAAGGAUCCCAAGCCGUUGAAGAGCAUCAUUUUGGAAUUUCACUCUUCAGGACUUCAAGCCUGUAAAAAGGAUGCACAUACUCCAGAAAUGAUCGCAAAUAAGCAUUGGUUAUCAACCAAAGAUGCUUUAUUUGCAAUGCUGUUUAGAGCGAUCAUAAGAAGUCGUGACGUACUAGAGGAUGAUGAAAUGAGAAUGAUCAUAUCGAUGAACGGUCGAUCAAGGAUGAAAAACCACAAGGGAAUGAGUUACUACUUUGGCAAUUGGAUGAUAUCUCGAACAUUCAAGACAAGUCUUAGAGAAGUCAAUGGAACUUCGUUGGUUAGUACGGCAACAUCUCUCCGCCAAUUUGUCAGUAGUCUUCAAUCGUCCUUGUUUCAUGGUAUUAGCAAACUAUACACUCUUCAUGAAGACAUGUCUGUCAAUUAUCUAUCUUACAAACCAAAUUCAGAACAUCAAACCACGGUCAAUGAUCUCUCCGUGCUGCCCUUUUGCAAACUUGACUUUGGUUUUGGUUGCCCUGAUCGUGCGAGAGGCUACAUUACCUCCGGAGGAAAUGGUUGUCUCAUUAUGAUUGGCAGAGGAGAUGAUGCAGAUGGAGCUGUAUAUGAUGUUCAGUUACAGAUGGAUGUUGGAUCCAUAAGUCGCUUUAUAAAGGAUCCAGACGUAGUGAAAUAUGCAAACAAGAUUUUGUAUUAA